GAAACACCUAAGAUAAACAUGGCAUCUGAAUGUGGCUACACAGAUAAUUGUAACAGAACGUUUAAUUUUUUUCUGUCAGAGCUAUGGGACACUUUAUUGACUCUCGAAUUAUAUAGAGAUGUCUUGGCAUCAAAGAGGUACAGAGCGAUAUUUGGAAAGCACUGGGUUUAAGGCCCUUUUCCUAUAGUAUGGCACUGUCUUUUAAAAUCAAACUUUACUACAGCCUUUUUUAUUUCUCUCACACUACAUAUUUGGGGGCCCACCAAUGCAAAUAGUUGCGUCUUGUUUUUCACUGACAAUGCUGCCCUUGUAGAUAUUAUAAACAAACGAACCUCACAAACAUUAACAGGUCAUGAUUCUUACUACGUGACCUAGUACUCAGCUGCUAAAUACGGAGAGGAGAGGGGAUAUAUCAUGUUAUUUCGAGCUCGCCACGUCCGCCGCUUAAAGAAUAGUCGUGCAUCCCCCGUUUAUAGAUGGAGGGAUUAGGAACUCUCGCCGGAGGCGGACGAAUUUCCAAAGUCUGUUUGGAAAGUUUCCGAAGUCAGAGAACUGAUUCCCCGUUCUUUUCUCCUGACUUGUUUUUUGUUUUGUUUUAUUUUGUUUGUUUGUUUUUUAUUUUCACUGUACUUUUUGUUGUUCUUUUUACUAGCUACAAAAUGUGGUCUUUUGGUCUUAGCCCGGUGGCUUCUCUUGGGCUUCCUCGCCAUGACAGUUUAAAUAAUUAGAUUUUUUUGCUUUGCAUAACUUAUGGCAAACAAAACAAUUACUUCAUUUUAUGAUUCGUUCGCUUCACUUACAGUUUAAGUCAUAGAUAACAAAAUGUUUUCUACAUAGUAAUUUUUAGGGAGUUGUUAUAGCUCCAAAACUGGAGUAAAAAUUUCAGGUACAGGAUGACCCCUUUUAUUAUAUGGCUGAGUCUGUUUUCGCCAUGCGAUUGGUCAAUUUGCGGUCUGCAACUUUCUAUACGGACCAAAAUUUUUAAAGAAAAUGCUCAUGUCGGAGCUUUAAAUCUCUUUACCUCGGAAAAAAGGUUUAAAUAAAGUUAUAAGACGCCUGUCAGCGUUGGGGACAUUUUAAACUGUGUUUAUUUGUGAACGAAGGCGAUGAAGAAACUAACUCGUAAUCUUAUCGAAGAGGAUUCUAGUCGGUGUUUGAUAAUUUUACCCCAGUACACAGUUAAGAAGACGAAAAUCGACUGGCAGAGAUUCGAGAUGUUUUGCCUAAGAGAAUUGAGUAAUUCCUUCGACAAAUAUGAUAACAAACAUACCAGCACCCGAUCAUCUUGAUAAGCUUCUUUGCCAUUUGCAGUGUUUUUUUCAAAGACCAACCAAAGAAAGAUAGAAGCGAGUUUGAGCCAGACACAAUGUCCAGUUUUCAAAAGACUCCAGCGUCACACUAACAAGUGAAUACUUACAGUGCUCUUAGUUUUGACCGAAUAAACUUUGAAAAUAUGUCUGUAAACCCUGAGGACUGGGAUGUUGACUUUGCCUUUCGAAAUUUUAACCUAGCUUUGUUUCAAUGAGAACGAAGCUGAUGUAGAAACUGAAUCGUAACCUUACCGAGGAAGAGAAUUUUUGAGAAUUUUAACGCAGAUCACAGUUGAAAUAACAAAUAACGAGCCGAUCAAUUUGAUGGGCUCCUGGAGGUAAUUAUGAGGUUACUUUAACUCCUGAUUUAACUCCAAAUUUGCCGUCAUUUUUACUCCUGAAAAGAAGUUUUUUUAACUCCCAGUCUGGAGUUAAAAUAACUCCGAAAAUGGAGUUAUUUUUACUCCUUAAAGGGGUUGUUUUUACUCUUUUUGGAGCUACCUCAACUCUGAAAGUGAAGUAAAAAUUGUAGGUGCAGGAUAACUCUUUUUGGGGGAUUAUUUUAACUCCUCAAUAUCUGGGGUGAUUUUUGCCCCUGAAAAAGAGUUCUUUACACUCCUUUUUGGAGUUAAAAUAACUCCCCCGAAAAAUAACUCCGCUGUAAGGAGUUAAAUUAAUCCCACUAGAGGAGUUAUUAUGACUCCUUGAAAAUUACUGUGUAGCCUCUGCGGCUCGACCAGUAGGCAUUAUUGAUAAUGAUAACGACAAACUCCGCAAUGUUUAGCUGUAGAAUGAUAUGUUCCUUUACAGGUGGGAGAUGCCGUGAGGCUCUUGGAAUGGAAAAUGGAAAGAUUGCUGACGACCAAAUAACUGCUUCCUCAGAAGGGGAAGCCUAUCGAGCCGCUAAUGGAAGAUUACGUCAUAACACUUCACGAACAGGAAGACCAUUCGGUUGGCAACCUAAAAACAGUAGCUGCAUUGAAUGGCUGCAAGUUGACCUUCUUCUUGACAAUUACACAGUGACAGGAGUAGCAACACAAGGGUGCAGAGAUCGCAAGUCGAAAUCUGUUUUAAGUGUAACCAAAUACGAACUAGAAUACAGCACUGAUAGUAAAUUGUUUCAUACCGACCAUCGGGUAAGCUUAUUUCGUUUUUCAUAACGAAAUCCCAGAGCUUAUAUAUAAUUCUUU